AUGGCGCGGCGUUUCUUUACUGUUGCGGGCGUCUUAGGAGUCGUAGCAAACUCCAAUGCUGCGCUUGAUGGUAGUCGUUUCCUCUGGUACAAAACACCAACGCAAGAAUGGGAGAAAGGAGCACUUCCAAUUGGAAAUGGUCGGUUGGGAGGCACGGUGUGGGGUGGUGCAAAUGAGACCCUCACUAUCAACGAGAACUCUAUCUGGUCCGGCCCUAUUCAAGAUCGCACUCCACCCAAUGCACUCGAGGCCCUGCCGAUCGCUCGGGAGUUGUUCCUGGCCGGAAAAAUAACCGAAGGCGGCCAGCUUGUACUAAGAGAGAUGACCCCUGCUGAGAAAUCCGAACGCCAGUUUGGAUAUUUUGGCAAUCUAGAUCUCGACUUUGGACACUCUGGCGAAUUGACCGACUACGUGAGAUGGUUAGAUACCAGGCAAGGAAACACCGGCUCUUCGUACACAUACGAUGGUGUCAAUUACUCACGAGAGUUCAUUGCAAGCUACCCUGCAGGCGUUCUUGCUGCACGUUUCACCUCUAGUGAAGAAGGUUCUCUGAACCUGAAGGCUAGCUUUAGCCGACUUGCAAACAUACUGGUCAAUGUUGCUUCCACUGCAGGCGGCGUCAACUCAAUCACGAUGAUGGGUUCCAGCGGCCAACCUCUCAAUGAGAAUCCAAUCCUAUUUACAGGCCAAGCACGCUUUGUUGCUCCUGGAGCGGAAUUCAAAGCCGAUGGUUCCGUGCUUAGCAUCACCGGAGCUACGACCAUCGACAUCGUGUUUGACGCUGAGACGAACUAUCGGUUCUCAUCCCAAGAUGAAUGGGAGGCUGAAAUUGAUCGCAAACUUGAUGCGGCGGUAGGCAAAGGAUAUACUGAUCUGAGAGAUGAGGCGCUGGAAGAUUCAAGGAGUCUUUUAGAGCGUGCCUCUCUGGAUCUUGGCAAGUCGCCUGAUGGCCUUGCUUCUCUCCCCACGGAUGAGCGCGUUGCCAAGGCUCGUACUGAUAUCAGUGAUAUUGAGUUGUCAACUCUGGCAUGGAACCUCGGUCGCCACAUGCUUGUCGGAGCGUCACGGAACACUGAAGCGGACGUUGACAUGCCUGCCAACCUCCAGGGGAUAUGGAACAACAAGACGACGGCGGCAUGGGGCGGCAAGUACACCAUCAAUAUCAACACUGAGAUGAACUACUGGUCUGCGGGCCCGACAAACCUUAUCGAGACUCAAGAGCCUUUGUUUGACCUGAUGAAGGUGGCCAACCCGCGAGGUAAAGAGAUGGCGAAGCGCAUGUACGGAUGCGAUGGGACAGUGUUUCACCACAACCUGGACCUCUGGGGCGACCCGGGCGCUACUGAUAACUACACGUCGUCAACAAUGUGGCCGAUGGGUGCGGCAUGGCUUGUUCAACACAUGGUCGAUCAUUAUCAUUACACAGGCGACAAGGAGUUUCUCGCCAACGUUGCAUACCCUUACCUCAUCGACGUGGCUACGUUCUAUGAGUGUUACACCUUUGAGCACGAGGGAUACAGAAUCACUGGCCCCUCGCUUUCGCCGGAGAACACGUUCAUCGUCCCGAGUAACUUUAGUGUUGCCGGCCGCGCUGAGCCGAUGGAUGUCGACAUUCCCAUGGACAACCAGCUCAUGUAUGAUGUCUUCAGUGCUCUGCUCGAGGCAGCGGACAUACUCGACAUCCCCGACACUGAUGCCGAUGUCUCCAAAGCAAAGGAAUUCUUACCUUGGAUUAAACCAGCCCAAAUCGGGUCCAAGGGCCAGAUUCUCGAGUGGCGAUAUGAAUACAAGGAGAAAGCGGCGAGCCAUAGGCACAUUUCCCCGCUUUAUGCUCUGCAUCCUGGAAAGCAGUUCUCGCCGCUGGUUAACGAGACUCUAGCAAAGGCAGCCGGGGUUCUUCUAGACCGUCGCAGGGACGCAGGCUCGGGAACUACUGGAUGGAGCCGUACCUGGAUGAUCAACAUGUAUGCGAGAGCGUUCCGCGGUGCAGACGCAUGGGAGCAGGUGAAAGGAUGGUUUGCUACUUUCCCCACUGCGAACCUGUGGAACACAGACAAGGGGGCGACGUUCCAGAUCGACGGUAACUUUGGAUUCACCAGUGGCAUCACAGAAAUGCUACUCCAGAGUCAUGCAGGUGUAGUGCACAUCUUGCCUGCGUUGCCUGCCGAAGCCAUUCCGAAUGGAAACGCCAAGGGUCUAGUAGCGAAAGGAAACUUUGUCAUCGACAUUGAAUGGGAAAACGGGGCUUUCAAGUCCGCAACAGUUACUCCGAGGAUUGGUGGAGAGUUGAAGCUUCGAGUCGGCAAUGGGGAGAAGAUACUGGUGGAUGGGACGGAAUACAACAAUGGGAUUCAGACGAGCAUUGGAAAAGCAGUGAAGGUUACGCCGGCCUGA